CCUUCUUACCAUCACCACCGUCUACCGGAGACAGAACAGUGGAGCUCAAUGCGUGAAGAGUACAGUGACAGCUUGCACAGCUUAGUUGGGAAAGAGGGGAUGCCGUCUCCCGCAAGACGACCACAACGACCCAGGAUCAGAUUCACGCCGGAGGAGGACCAGCUCUUGAUCGAGCUCAAGGAACAGAAACAUCUCACCUGGAAACAAAUUGCCGACUUCUUCCCAGGACGCAAUUCAGGCACAUUGCAAGUGCGUUAUUGCACAAAGUUGAGAGCCGAGGCUAUGCCUUGGACCAGAGAAAUGGACCAGAGACUUCUAGAAGCUCUACAAAGUUAUGAAGAUGAGAAAUGGCGGAACGUUGCGCAGAGAGUUGGAAAUGGGGUUACACCAAUGGGAUGCUGCGAUCGAGUCUGGGAGCUAUUCAAU